AUGCCCACUAACAACGAAGAAACUCUUGCCAAUGAGCCCAGCGCCUCUAAUGCAGGACAAACACAUUCGCCAGGAAGUCUGGAAGAUGCAAAACAUGUACCCAACACAAUGGACACCAGCGAUACAGAGAGCACGGCAGAUACGGUCUCGCCAGAUGAUUCUAUCAGCAUGGUGGGCUCGAGCACUGCUUCAAGCGUAGGAUCCUCAGAACUGAACGCAGCUUCUGCAAACUAUCAUGAUUAUAUUAGCUUCGUUUAUAUAGAUGAAAAGAAAAUACAAACUCUACAAAUCUGGGAUGAAAAUAAAAAGAUGAAGAACGAAAUUGGCAAACACCUUUUUUACAUCCACCCAAAGAAAAAGUUCGAUGUAGUCAUUGAAAGCAAACUGACACGCCAUUUCUGGACUCACUGCGAAAUGAAGGCAUACAGCGUUUAUAUCAAAGCCAAAGAGACAGGAAAGGAGCUUAGUGGUAUUAGGAGCGUCGAGGAAUCGAAGUCUAAAGACGCUAUGAAAAGUCUCUUCGAAGACUUGAAGGUUAAAGCAAAAGCGGCGAAGGCGACAAGAGCUACUUCUACACCGAAGAAGACAAAGAUGACUACAUUGGAGGUGAGAAAGAAGCGCGUGACAAAAUAA